AGUAUAACAAAGCAUGAUUCCCGUUAGAAAGUGUGCUGGAUCACCAGCUAUAGUCAGGGUAUCAACUCGUUUCUCAUCAUCCAAGUCAAAAUUGGAAAGUGUGCCUCCAUCAACUCCACUUUAUCUUAACCCUCAUGCUUGGCAAGGAUUACCUGCUGACCAAGUGUUUGAAUUACACAGAAUGAGAAAGCAAUAUUUGGGAACCAAUUAUGUUCCAAACAACCAAGAAAGAACCGCCAUCUUGUCCACUAUUAGCGCCUUGGUCAGAAACAAGCCCAGUUUGAGUUAUGUUUUUGGGAUUGAAAACUUCAAGGAAAAAUACACCAGUGCUAUUCCCAUGAAUGAAAGAGGCCGUCCACCAAGAAAGAGUAACGUUUUGGUGUUGAACCAAGGUGAAGCUCCACACAUAAAGAGAAGAAUUGAACACCUCACCAGGGUCAGUGCCUACGAAAUGCCAUUGUUGGCCAAGUAUCGUCAACCAUACACCCCAAAACCAAAGGCUGAAACUCCAUUAAAGUUGACUUAUUACUCUGACUUCACCGAAGAUAUCAAUAACAAAUAUAACCGUAAAGUGUCAUUAUCUGUUGAACUCGACCACUUGAACUUGAAUGAUAAGCAACAACAUAAAUUCAAGGUAUUGGCCGGUAACAAGUUCAACCACGAAUCCAACACUUUCCAAAUCAAGUCUGGCCAUUUCCCAGAAGCUGCCCAAAAUGCCAACUUUUGUGUGGAAACAUUCACCAAGUUAUUAAACGAAUCCAAGAACUUGACUGACGACUUUAGCGAUAUCCCAUUAGACAAGCGUCAUAUGAAGCCAUUCAUCAAGAAGCCUGAACCGCAAUUCCCAGAAGCUUGGAAGAGACCUCAAGACGCCCCAAUUGCGAAACAUGCUAUUGUCAACAGAUUGGUAGAAAACUUGAAGAAACAUAAAGACGAUGCUUAUCUUAAACACAUAACACCAUAGUAUAUAACUUAUCCUGUAAAUAUAUAAAUUCAGUAC